AUGACAUUUGAUGCUGAAGAUGUGGAGGAAGACAUGAAGGACCACAACGAUCCUUUAGUUUUCACGUUACCAGUAGCGGGGUGUAACGUCAAGAAGAUUCUAACUGACGGAGGGAGUUCAGUCAACGUUCUGUUUUAUAAUACGUUCAAACGAAUGGAACUGAACGAUGAGAAGUUGAUGUCUUAUUACUAUACCAUUUAUGGAUUCAACGGUGCACCAACGAAGCCUCUAGGAGACAUCGUUUUAGAAGUAGAGGAACGACCAAUGAAAGUCGAUGUGGUAGAUGCUCCUUCUCCCUACAAUGCCAUCGUCGGCCGAAGAUGGGUGCACAAACUCAAAGGUGUAGCAGCAACAUAUCACCAAUACCUUAGAUUCCCAACACCCGAAGGGGUAAUGGAAAUUAAGGGCGAUCAGGUCACUGCUCGGGAAUGUCAAGAGAUACAAAACCAACUUAACAGCGAACAAGAAGAGCAACGUAAAACCCGAAGAAACAAGAACAAGGCAUCCACAAAAGACAAAGCGAUUGACCGUUAUCUCGAAGAAAUCUCAGGGAAAAGCUUGACGAAGGAGAGCACCGUCCUAACCACCGAAGCAGGUACUUCAGCAGCUAAGGGGCUGAAGUGCCCGCCAAAUAGCAAUUAA